AUCUGCCUACUAUACCUUAAAAACUUAUUAAUUAAAUUUUACAUAGUGCAAAGAAAAUGUUCAUAAAAAAUAAAUUGUCCUACAUUAUUAUUUCAUUUGUACCGCAUACAACAAUUUGUUCCUUCUGAACUAAAAUUGAACAUCUUCUAUUAUUAAUCUAAUCGUUUUCAUUACAUAUUAAUUUAUUCAUUCUUUAUUUCUCAAAAAAAAAUAACGACAGACUACUUCCUAUUUAGACUAAACCUCCCUACAAUAAAAGACUCAGGGCCUUCUAUUAUAUUUAAGCGGAAAACUUUUUUACGGGGUAUUAUAUUACGACUCUCAUAUUUUUUGCGAAACUUACGAGUAUUUUUGAAGAAUUUAGUAAAUACAACUUUAAGUUCAGACUUUACACCUCCUCAGUUCUUAUCAUAGUAAGUAGAUGCUUGGAAAAACAUCACUAUAUCUUCCCACAUCAACAAAUAAUAGGCACUAAUUAAUAUCAGUACCUAUAUUAUUUUCAAAUUCUAUAAUUUCUAGUUUCCGUUGUAAAUAUUAUGUUUUUAACCUUUGUAUAGAUCACAUAUAUUUCUAAAGAAACUAAUACUGACUAUAAGAUUGAGUCAACGUUUUUCAGCUUGUUUGCUCUUCCCUAUUACACGUUGUAACAGUCACUUAUAUUUAAAAGGUUGUGCAAAUUUUUAGAAUCUUUUGCUUCUAAAUACUUCAAAUAUGUUUAUGAGUACUUGCAAAAAGCUACCAUCAUUUUUUUUGCGCAGAUAAAAACUUAUACGAUUCAUGUCAAAUAUAAUCUUUUGUGAUUUUUCAUAACAGUACUGUAAGUUACAUAGAACUAUGAUCAAAUUACUUUCUAACUUUUAGAAAUAUUUAUUUUCUGUCUUACUCAGUAUAUUAGUAUGCAUACAAAAUUGUUAGCAUCUGACUAAGAUACAAGCAAUGUCUAUACUAAGCUUAUUUAAUCAUUAAAUUAGACCUUGCAUUGAAUAAUACGAAAAAAUGAUAACACCGACUAACAGAAGAAUAAUACAACAAAUAGCAACAAGAAAAAAAAGUAUACAUUAGAAAAAAAAUAUUGGAAAUAUACCAAUAGAAAGUGCUAUAAAUUAAUCAUUAUGAUCAAUGUUUCUUUACAAACUUAACAUUCUGCGUCGGUUGUAUUAAUAUUAUAAAUAUAUUGAGCAAAUCUAAUAAAUGCAGUGAAAAGAGAGGUAGUAGUUCGAAAUGAAACAGUUUCGUUGGAAUAAACUUUUAAAGCUUAUGCUUUAACUCAAACGAUAAAAUUAGUUGUAACCUAUCCAUUUAUUUGAUAUGUUUUGAAAAUAAACUUUUGCACCGGUUUUUGAGAAUAUAAUAUAAAUUUGUAGAAGUCUGAGUCUCAUGAGUACUACAAUUCAGCUUCACAGUGGCUACAGUGAUAGGUUUUUGUAACUAAAAAGGUACUCUGAAACAACCGAAGCGAUUUUGAAAAUUGAAGACAGAAUUUUUGCGGUUUUUGAAUCUUAAAUCUAGAUUUAGUUUGUCAGUGUUUACUAUAAAAGUUGUGCAGUAAUUUUCUUAUGUGUCAAUUUUUCAUCAUAACUGGUCAGAAUUUUCUUCUACCACUUCAUCUUGAUAAAUAGAGGAUUUCAACACUAAAUUGACAAAUGAAUAAGGCUUUAGCAACCUUUUCCAUUAACUUAAACAAAAUAACUUAAAAAGAAUAUAGAAAUAAUACCACUGCUAUUCAUAAAUUUCUUUUUUUAGUUGUAUUACGACCAUGUUCAUUAUCAGUUCAUGAAAAAAAAUUUUAUAACAUUUAUGCAAACGAUCUACCAACACCACCUGAUAUUGUUCGAACAUUUCAAGAAUUUAAACACAAUUUAAUAAAUCGAGUUUUAUCUUAUCGACGUGUCUAUGAACUAGAAAUUAGUCUAGGUUCUAGUAUAUUUGAAAUUAUAAAUCAACCAAAUAUUCGAAAAAAAAUAGUAUUACAAUUUAUUUAUCAUCCAAGUAUAACAUCUAUUGAUACAUAUCUAAUAGCAUUUGAUAUAGAUGUAAUUCAAAUUUGUUUUGAUGAUAAAAACGUACUAUGUACAUGGGCAUGUAUCCGUGCACUAAAUACAGGCACAUUUAUAUGUUAUAAUCUUACGAAUAAUUUAACAACACUUGCUCGAACUGCAAUCCGCAUUAGUAAAUAUUAUCAAAAAGGUUUCAAACUAUUAUAUCCUUACGAAUUUGCAAUAAACGAUUUCUUAUCUUUAACUGUAUAUGAAUUAAAACAUACACAAAAUCCUAAUUAUUAUUCAUCAACAAAAGAACAAUUUGGAAGUAAUCAUGAUUACUUUCGAUUACAAAAAAAUUUGUGGACAUAUAUAUCACUCAACGAUUUUAAAUUUCUUUUAAAUUAA